CAGCAUUGCUGCCAGCCGGGCGAGCUGCGAGGCGGACCGGGUGGGCAUAUUGCAGGAGGUCCUCACCAGCUGCGGCACCCCGGCGGCCGAGGAGUCCCUGCGUGCCGCGCUGCGCCUCUCCAACUCCGCCCGCGCUGCCCAGCUGGCGGUGCGGCGGGAGCAGCUGCGGGUGACGCUGGAGCUGCUGCGACACGACCCGGGGCAGCUGGACACGGAGGGGUACGAGAGGAACCUGGCGGCGUGCAGGGAGCACCUCACGUCCGUGUUGCGUGCCUUCUACCCGGGUGACAUGUGCCGCCGCAUCAUCCCCGCCGCCUACGUGAGCGACAGUGCGCGCGUGUGGGACCUGCUGGUCAUCUUCGCGGACAUCCUGGAGCGGGAGAUGUUUCGGGAGGAUGCACGGCAGCUGAGGGGCAUGGCCUGGAACCUGUUCAAACGCCACUCCAAGUGCUACAUCGAGGUGCUGUACGCCGCCCAGUUGGAGAGCUGGCUGGUGGGGCAGCUGGAGCAUGACCGCAAGUGGCGCCGCACGCAGGCCAAGCUGGCACACGACCUGCAGAAGAAGUGGAGGGGGUGAAGGAGGGAGGC